UAAAAAAAAAAAGACAUGCAGAAGGUGGAUUGGCUUUUCUACUUUGCCUCAAGUGCACAACUUCCACCCUGCUCCCAGUGUUCCCAGCUGGUGUUCCCAAAUGGAAAAGCCAAACUAGUAAACAGAAGGAUGUCAGACCAGUAUCAGUAUAAACAUUCCAUCUUCAGUGUUUCGGUUCAUUCACAGGAAAGCGAUCACAUGUCCUGCACCCCUGUAGCACCUGUUCACAGGAACACACGCGUUCUUAAGGUUCGUUUUUCGAUCGGAGCUGUGAUUUCUGGCGACAGGACGCGGAGGCAAGGUGAAAGGCUGUGCAGCGGGGACGACUGCACCCCCGGCACGGGGGCGUACCUCCGACACGGCUCCGUCUUCGCCUCUCUGGCCGGGUACGUGCUCCGGAGGAACGAGGGCGAGGAGCUCCCGGUGAUCUCGGUGGUGAAGGAAACGGAGGCGCAGUUACUGCCGGACGUGGGCGCCAUCGUCACCUGUAAGGUGACGAGUAUAAACCCGCGCUUCGCUAAGGUGCACAUCCUGUACGUGGGCUCCACGCCCCUCAAAGACCGGUUCAGAGGCACCAUAAGGAAAGAAGACGUACGAGCGACGGAGAAGGACAAGGUGGAGACCUACAAGAGCUUCCGACCGGGCGACAUCGUCCUGGCCAAAGUGAUCUCGUUGGGCGACGUGCAGUCCAACUACCUGCUGACCACGGCGGAGAACGAGCUGGGCGUGGUCGUGGCCCACAGCGAGGCCGGGGUGCAGAUGGUGCCCGUCAGCUGGUGCGAGAUGCAGUGCCCUCGCACCCACAACAAGGAGUUCCGCAAGGUGGCGCGGGUGCAGCCGGAGUACCUGCAGGCCUAGGGCGGGGCACCCACCGGAACACACAGCUUCACACACACAUGCCGCCGGGAAUUGUGGGAUUCGUAGGCACCAGUAUUAAGUCGAAACGAUUGAUGUGAACUACGAGUGAUGUCAUAAUGUUCUCAGAGUGAUGUCAUAACGACGCCGGGGCUUCUUAUUCGUCCUCUCUACGUACCAGUGGCGCUAACGAGGCAUCGCUCAGAAACGAGGCAAAGGCGUUUUCGGACGCCCCCGACCCCAAAGACGAUCAGAAGGCGUCCCCCCUCGUUGAUUUCAGCUAUUUCUUUUCCUUCUUCUUUGUUUCUGUACAUAUCGAGAGGUCGUGUAUUUACAGCAGAACUAAACCUUUUAAAAAAAUAAUAAAAUAUAAAAAUAAAACAGC